CCGGACCAUGUUCGCCAAAGGCAAAGGCUCGGCGGUGCCCUCGGAUGGGGAGGCGCGGGAAAAGCUAGCUUUGUAUGUCUACGAAUACUUGCUGCACGUAGGAGCACAGAAAUCAGCACAGACCUUUUUAUCAGAGAUCCGAUGGGAAAAAAACAUCACACUAGGAGAGCCUCCUGGGUUUUUACAUUCGUGGUGGUGUGUAUUUUGGGACCUUUACUGUGCAGCUCCUGAAAGGCGAGAUACUUGUGAACACUCAAGUGAAGCAAAAGCCUUUCAUGAUUACAGUGCAGCUGCAGCGCCAAGUCCGGUACUUGGAAACAUUCCUCCAAAUGACGGAAUGCCAGGGGGACCCAUUCCUCCGGGUUUCUUUCAGGGACCGCCUGGCUCUCAGCCCUCGCCACACGCACAGCCUCCACCUCACAACCCCAACAGCAUGAUGGGACCCCACAGUCAGCCUUUUAUGUCACCAAGAUACGCAGGAGGUCCCCGGCCCCCCAUCAGAAUGGGAAACCAGCCUCCAGGGGGUGUUCCUGGUACACAGCCCUUGCUGCCCAACUCAAUGGACCCCACACGACAACAAGGGCAUCCCAACAUGGCAGGGCCAAUGCAAAGAAUGAAUCCUCCACGAGGAAUGGGACCCAUGGGUCCGGGUCCACAGACUGAUCCUUGGUUAUCAUUGCAGAACUAUGGCGGCGGAAUGAGACCUCCACCCAACUCUCUAGGGCCCGGCAUGCCAGGGAUUAACAUGGGUCCAGGAGCUGGUAGACCAUGGCCCAAUCCCAACAGCGCUAACUCCAUUCCAUACUCUUCUUCAUCACCUGGUACAUACGUGGGGCCCCCUGGUGGUGGCGGUCCUCCUGGAACACCCAUCAUGCCUAGCCCUGCAGAUUCGACAAAUUCAAGUGACAACAUCUACACAAUGAUUAAUCCCGUACCGCCUGGAGGCAGUCGGUCGAAUUUCCCAAUGGGACCAGGAUCGGAUGGCCCAAUGGGAGGUAUGGGUGGGAUGGAGCCCCAUCACAUGAACGGCUCAUUAGGGUCAGGAGACAUAGACGGACUUCCAAAAAAUUCUCCAAACAACAUAAGUGGCAUUAGCAAUCCUCCAGGCACUCCACGAGAUGAUGGUGAACUGGGAGGCAACUUCCUCCAUUCCUUCCAAAAUGACAAUUAUUCUCCCAGCAUGACGAUGAGUGUGUGAUUUCCCUCCUCCUUCACCCCACAUCCUCUUCUCCAGGACAAAGAAAAAGUCGGCUGCCAUUUGGAGGAUCUCAAGAAAUUAUGCAAGAAGAGAAGCUAGGUGUGUUUGGCAGGGAGACAUACAGAGCCGGGGACCCACCCCUGAUUUUUGGUUUCAUGCAAUAAAAAGGCUGAACUUUUUAUUCCAUAAAACAAUGAAGGACAAAUCUUUAAAAUAUUUCAAGACAAAACAAGAUCCUUCUUCUGCAGAAGGAUUUAUUCUAUGUACAUGACACUUUUUUGUUGUUGAUUUUUUGGAAACAAAUGAAAGCCUCUAGCACCCAAUUCCAACCUCCUUUGCUUGAUUAUUCUUUCAAACCUGUUGUAUGUUUGUGCUGUGCUACGCAAGGAAGCUAGUCUAGAUAUGAAAUCUCAUGUUGUCUCUGUAGCCAUUUUUAAAAAAAAUUAAUGAAAACUGGACAGUUUUUUUUUAAAAAAGAAAAUUGGUGGGGGUUGUUCAGAAGGCCUUUCCUCUUCCCUCUACCCCUCUUCUUUUUGUUUGGUUAGUCUUUCCGUUUGGUGUUUUGCAGCACAACACUUUUCUCCAGCAAGAAGAUCCAAGUGGAAAAGAUUUUCUCUGCCUCAUUCUAGGUUGUAGAAUGCAGCUGGUCCCCUUGUAGGAUCACAUCCUCCAAAAAUACAGUUGUUACCUUGAUAACUGUGACUGUGGCAUGCACUAUAUUAGCCCCUCCUCCCCAAAAUUGCAAAGAUGUAUGAACUGCCCUUUUUCAAAACAAAAUUCCUAGGGGUGGGGUGGGGGUUAGGUUACUGGGGAUUAUUAUUUUUUAACAUUGGGGAGGUAUCAAUCAGCCAGAAAUAAAAUGAGGAGGCAUUACAAACUUGACCUGGGACUCGAAAACUGUGAGCGCAAACUUCUUAACAUCUGUUCUGUUUUGGUUUCUGUUUGGUUAGUUUCAACAAAAUGAUGUGAUCUUAUUAGGGUUUCACUGUAUAUGCUCUGGAACUGGAUGGAGAUAUUUUUAAGUAAUUAAUGUUGUUAAAAUGUAUACUUGCUAUUCUGUAGGCUCUCUCUCCCUCCUUCCCUCCUACUCUGUAAUUGAAAACAAAAUUUAAAAAAAACCCUUACCUUCUCAAGGUAGAGGUGACUACAGAAAAGCAUACCAUGUAUAGUGAAACUCGCAAGUCUUGGGAUCUCUGUACAUUACACUCCCUUGUAGCUGGUCUUUGUUUUAUAUAAAAAGAAAAAAAAACUUCACUUCUGAUCUAUGUAUUUCAUAUUAUGUAAAAUAUUAUCUUCCCCUGGAUUUACCUACCUUUGUGCGGAUUCUUGAGAACAUUGUAUCUUGUUUCAGUGUUUUUUCUUACCUUGUAGUCUGGUUCUAAAAUUAAGCGAGGGAAAAGAAAAGUAAUUAUUAUACAUUGUAGUUUGUGUACGAUAUUUGUUGAUAAUGUUUUAUUAAAGGGAUGUCUUUUUUCCGCACCCCUUAACGAAAUGUUUUUGUUUUGUUUUGUUUUGGGGUUUUUUGGGAAACAUUGGCUUGUUUUUACUCUGACUGAAAAACAAAAACAAAAAAAGAUCCAACAACCACAGAUGGUAAGAUUUGACAAACUUUUUUUUAGUAUUCCAAUUUUUAAACAUGUUUGCCUUUUUUUAGGCAUUUUAACUGUGCUUUCUUUGUAGAAGGAUGAUAGUGGGGGGAAGGGGCAAGCAGUCAGUCUCACAGUUACAGUUAAGAUAAUAUUUAAAGGGGAAAAAAACACCAAACCAAGAUUUCUCCCAUUACUAAUACAGCACUCUUUCUAUUUUUUUUUAAGGGAUAACUGACAGGUUUCAUUGUAUUAAAAACUGAUAGCUAAAUUAUUGUCUUCAUUGGUUCAGGAUGGUUUUUGAAGGAUGAAUCCAGAUCCUCCUCUCUCUCUUCCCCCCAUGCUGUAAUAAAUAUAAACAUUUGAUUUCA